ACUCUUUCAGUUAAUCUUUCAAGUUAUGUCAAUCUUGAAACAUUCUUUUCUUCUUGUUAUUUUUAUCCUCUUCGGUUUAUAUAUAUCCUGCCUUACUCUCUGUACUACACCCAAUAAUACACUUUUUCAAUUUAUUUAAAUCCAUAUAUUAAUUAAUAAUUAAAUUAGUUUAAAUGGCUUCGUUAAUCCUUCCUACACAACAAAAUCCUCUAUCUUGUUCCUUUCUGCAUCAAAACACUCUGUUGUUCACCAACAACAAGAUGAAGAAAAGUCAGCCCAUGGUUCCUGUUGCAAGAUUAUUCGGGCCAUCAAUAUUUGAAGCGUCAAAGCUGAAAGUGUUGUUUGUAGGAGUAGAUGAGAAGAAGCAUCCUGGGAAACUUCCAAGAACAUAUACGCUUACCCACAGUGAUAUUACUUCUAAACUGACUCUUGCUAUCUCUCAAACCAUCAAUAAUUCCCAGUUACAAGGUUGGUAUAAUAAGUUGUACAGAGAUGAAGUGGUAGCAGAAUGGAGGAAAGUGAAAGGGAAUAUGUCUCUUCAUGUUCAUUGUCACAUAAGCGGCGGCCAUUUCCUUCUUGACUUGUGUGCUCGCUUAAGGUUCUUCAUUUUUACCAAAGAACUUCCUCUGGUAUUGAAAGCAUUUGCUCAUGGAGAUGGGAAUUUGCUAAACAACUACCCAGAGUUACAAGAUGCUUCAGUUUGGGUUUACUUUCAUUCCAACAUUCAAGAGUUCAACAGGGUUGAAUGUUGGGGCCCGCUUAAAGAAGCAGUUGGACCCGUGUCCACCUCAGCAGCAUCUGGAUCCACCAAUAUUAAUGUUGAAGGUGAAUCAAUGAAAUGGGAAAUACCGAAGCCAUGCCUGGAAGACUGCUCAUGUUGUUUCCCACCAAUGAGUUCAAUCCCCUGGUCUCAUGAUCUUUUGAAGAAUCAAGCAGCAGAUGAUAAUGAUAAUGGUGCCACCCACCAAGGGUUACAACAAAAAGCAUAAUGAUCAAGAUUUCUCUUCUCGGUGAACUUCCAUUGUGUAUAAAGAUAAUUACCAAGAUAAAAACAGAAAAAAAGGAAAUGGUGUUUUUUUGUAUAUAUAUAUAAUAUAUAGCAAUAUUAUCAUUCAUAGCAA